AUAUCUCAACAUAUCGAGUCUGCUGAAUGCAUAUUCGAGAUUUAUUCAAUAUCGAAUAUCGACUAUCGAUUGUCGACUAUUUUCGAGCUCAGCAGAAUGCACACAAAAGUAUGUGGUGCAGCCACCGGUGCAGGUGCAACGAGGUAGUUCUAACCGUUCUAAUCCGUAACAUGCUGUAUGAUGCUGUAAAGCCCGUAUCAGACUACGCAUUGAAAAUUGAGGAUUGAAAAUUAAAAAUUGAGCUUUGGCCAAUCAAAAUAAAAGGAGUUAAAAUUUCCUUGUUUUGAUUGGUCAAAUUUCAAUCUUUAAUCUUCAAUCUCAAUCUUCAAUGCGUAGUCUGAUACGGGCUUAACAGCAAUUUGUAUUCAAGCAAGUUGACGCGUGUUUUAAGUUUAAGAGACAAUUAAAAAUAAAGGCUUUGAAAGCUGAUUAAUUUGUAUGAAAAAUGGGUAAACCUCAUGGACAAAAAAGUGACAAAGGGAAGAAAUUAUCUUGGAUGUAUCGGCAAAAGGCUAAAUUGAGGAGAGUAAAAAGUUUUGAUACAAAAACAUCUGAUACUGAUGCAGAUGUGAAUGGUUAAAAUUCUUGAAUAAUUGUAAGGAAUUUAUCUUUUAAGAAACCCAUAGUUGCAUUCUCUAUAGAGAAUCGUGUCUUAGUGAACGUAAAGGAAAGAAGAGUUUAUAAAAGUCGUGAGCGCAAUCCCUUAAUUGUGAUCUGGAAACAAAAAUAAGAAGAAACAUGAAAACAUCAAGGAUGAAAUUUCAGCUGAACAAAUUAAAAUCAGAAAAUCAAAUGAUCCAGAAAAAUUACACAGGCAUGAUCAGCAAACUAGGCCAUGAUAAAUUGAUGAAAUUUUAAUCUUAAAUCAUAAUUUGAAUUCCAUACGUGGACUGUAAAAAAGCAGAAGAAGAUGAAUAAAGCAGCAAAGCAAUUGGAGAAUGUAAAAAAAAAGAUGAUAAAGAAACAAAGAAGUUGAUUACAGACGACACAAACUUCAACAAGCUCCAAAAUAAUUCUAGAUGUAAAUUGAAAGGAAUUGAUUAAAAAAAAAUUGAAGUGGUACAAAUCCUCAAAUGGCUUUUAAUAUGCAUUAAAAAAUAUUGUGAACAACAUAUUGUAAAUAAAUAGUCAAUUAUGUAGUUCUCCAAUACAUCUACAAAUAUGUGACUGUUGCCACAUUACCAUAUUUCCCCUUCCUGUAUUCGCUCUCCCACUCACGAGCGGUUUUCUGUCCAACAUCUUCAAUAGCGGGUACUUUAGUGUAAAGCAAGGCAAGUCGGUUUCAGUCAGAUCAUGGUUUUUUUCGUGUCUACAACAUGUUUUAGAAGAGACCAGAAAUGACUACGUUGAAACAACAUGCGAAGCAACUGUUGCAUCGAUUCGUUAGAAGCAACACAAAAAGCGAUAGAGCGUUAGAUACGCUAGUUACAGAUGUUGGGAGACAGGAUUUGCUACGACAUGCUCGCCCGUAUUCGGAGAUCCCAGGACCUAAGCCAAUUCCUUUGUUAGGCAACACUUGGCGAUUUCUGCCUUAUAUAGGAAACUACGAAAUACAAUCAAUAGACAAGCUGUCGAAAAAACUGCACUCCCAAUACGGCGAUAUCGUGAAGAUAGAAGGCCUUUUAGGCAGGCCUGACAUGGUGUUUGUAUAUGAUGCAAACGAAAUCGAGCGAAUUUUUCGGAGAGAAGAAAAGAUGCCGUAUCGACCUUCCAUGCCGUCGCUUGAUUAUUACAAGCAUGUACUACGAAAGGACUUCUUUCAGACUAAUCCGGGUGUCAUCGCCGUACAUGGUGAGAGUUGGUACAAUUUCCGAAGCAAGGUACAACAAGUGAUGUUGCAACCGCGGAUCGCGAGAAUGUAUAUUGGCGCUAUCGAGGAAGCGAGUACGGCACUGCUUCGCAGAAUAGCAAAGAUACGGGAUCAGAAACAUGAGGUGCCCGACAACUUUCUCAAUGAAAUGCACAAAUGGUCUUUAGAAUCUAUUGCGCAAAUUGCGUUGGAUGUGCGUUUAGGUUGUUUGGAUGAUGAUGCAAACGCGGAAACGCAGAGGCUUAUAGACGCAUUAAUCACGUUCUUCAAAAAUGUGCCUGUGCUCGAAUUAAAGAUACCUUUUUGGAAAUUCUUUAACACACCUACAUGGCAAGAAUACGUAAAUUCUUUGGAUACUAUUGUGAGUACCAUAUCAAAAUAUACAGCCGCCGCUCUGUCAAGGACUAAGAGCAACAUGGAUUCGGACAGGGAACUUUCUCUUUUGGAAAGAGUUUUAGCUUGCGAGGGCGAUACGAAGGUAGCGUCUAUCCUUGCUCUAGAUUUGUUCUUGGUUGGCGUUGACACGACGUCAUCUACAGUGGCCUCGGUGCUUUAUCAGUUAGCGCUACAUCAAGAACAACAAGCUUUGGCAUACGAUGAAAUAUGCAACGUUCUUCCACAAAGAAACGCGCCUCUCAAGAUGACAAAUAUUGACAGUUUAAAAUACUUGAAAGCAUGCAUCAAAGAAACUCUGAGGAUGUAUCCAGUUGUAAUAGGCAAUGGGCGAAGUACAACUUCGGAUAUUGUAAUCGGCGACUAUCGUGUACCAAAAGGAGUGCACGUGGUAUUUCAACACUACGUCAUUAGCAACCUAGAGAAGUAUUUCCCGCAAAGUAAUGAGUUUCUCCCAGAACGAUGGUUAUGCGACGAUGGUGUCCGUCACGCGUUUGCUUCACUUCCUUUUGGUUACGGCAGACGAAUGUGCUUGGGACGACGCUUUGCCGAACUUGAAAUAAUUAUUGUCGUUAGCAAGAUUCUUCAAUUUUACAAAAUAGAAUAUCACCAUGAGAAACUGGACUAUUACAUUAAUCCAAUGUACACGCCGAAAGGACCGUUAAAGCUGAGAUUUAUCGAGAGAUAAUAUCUCUACUUCUUUUUAUACAUGGGAAAAAAAACAUAGUCGCCAAUAUUACUGGUAUUUAUAAACUUUUUUUGUGCGUAUUGUACGUAGAUUUGCAUUCACGUAUGAUUAGUUUCUAGAACGUACUUUACAUGCGAGUAAAUAAUUACAUUAUAUGAAAUGUAUGUUAAUAUAACUGUUCAUUACAGUGCAUUUAGAAUAAAUAAUAUUCUUACGA